CUCGUUCGCGUUUCGUGCAGUGUUCCAGUGCUGUUUUAUCGCCCAUUCGGCGCUUCUUGUCUGACGCUUAUCAAAGUGCCGUCGCGCGUUGCUAAUAUGUCCGGUGAGACGAGACUCUGCAAGAAAGGACAAGGGUGAGACGAAAACGAGAAGCAGGAUAAUGAAAAACAAGAGAAGGAAGGAGACAAGCCAAAGCGAACGACGACUCGAGCAAAUUGUUAAAUCGUCUAAUCGUUUUGUCUUAUUCAUCAAGACAGGGACUAUAUUGGAUUCGCGACGUUGCCCGAGCAAGUGCACAGAAAAUCGGUUAAAAGAGGAUUCGAGUUCACCCUGAUGGUGUUAGGAGAAAGUGGCCUCGGCAAGUCUACUCUGAUAAACAGUCUGUUCCUCGGUGAUCUUUACAAAGACCGACGAAUCCUCGAUGCCGCUGUCCUUUCUAGAACGCAUUGAAAAGACAACAACGAUAGAAAAGAAGACAAUGGACAUCGAAGAACGUGGAGUCAGGCUACGUUUAACGAUCGUCGACACACCUGGAUUUGGCGAUGCGGUAAACUGCGAAGACACUUGGAAAGCGUGCUCAGCCUAUAUCGACGAACAGUUCCGACAAUAUUUUACGGACGAGAGCGGAUUAAAUAGGAAGAACAUCCAAGACAAUCGAGUACAUUGCUGUUUAUACUUCAUACCUCCUUAUGGACACGGACUCAGACAAAUCGAUCUGGAAGUAUUGAAACGAUUGCACCGUAAGGUAAACGUGGUCCCUGUAAUUGCAAAGGCAGAUACGUUAACGACCUACGAAGUGAAGAUGUUGAAGGAUCGAAUACUCGCUGACAUCGAAGAGCACGAGAUUCAGAUAUAUCAAUUUCCGGACUGCGACAGCGACGAGGACGAGGAAUUUAAGCAACAGGACAAAGAGCUUAAAGCGUGCAUCCCGUUUGCUGUGGUCGGCAGCUCAACGGUGCUGGAAGUCGCGGGCAAGAAGGUCCGCGGUCGCCAAUAUCCCUGGGGAGUGGUAGAAGUGGAGAACCCGAAGCACAGCGAUUUCGUGAAAUUAAGAACGAUGCUGAUAUCCACGCACAUGCAAGAUCUGAAAGAUGUGACACAGGAUGUGCAUUACGAGAACUUCCGGGCGCAAUGCAUUUCUCAAAUUUCACAGCAGGCCAUCCGGGAACGGAGGUAUUUACGCAUUAAGCUGAAAAGAGAUUCGGGCCCGCAUUUUGAGAACAGUAUAUCCGAUACCGACAGGCUACUCCUGCAGAAAGACGAAGAGAUACGAAGAAUGCAGGACAUGCUGGCGCAAAUGCAAGAGAAAUUGAAAGCUACCGGCCAGGUUGGAACUGGAAUCGGUCUCAGAGGACGAGUCGGCAGCCUUGGAAACGAUCUGGACUCUACGGACGUCGAAAAGAAGCGCAACAGUAUUAUAGAUGUUUAAACUUUCGAGUAUCAAGAUAUUAUAUAUUAUUAUUAUUAUUAUUAUUAUUAUUAUUAUUAUUAUUAUUAGUCUAAUUAUUCUAAUUAUUCUAAUUAUUAUUAUUAUAAUUAUUCUCAUUAUUAUUGACAUAUUUAAUUACGUUUAACUCGGUUUUACGCGAAUGCGCACAAGAUUAUCGAACGUGACUAAAGAAACCAGCAAGUUUUAUAUGCUCCUGUAUGUAUUAGAUUCAUCAGGUUAAAUUAAUAACCCGAUAGGGGAUCGAACGGGAGUUUCUCACCAGGUUUUCACUUUUAUAUGUAUAGUGCAUACGUAUUGACUUAAAAGACUGUCGCAUUGUAUAAACAGCGUUUGAUAUCACGAUACGUAUUCACUACGUGAAAAACUUGUACCUACAUUAUAUUGUACGUGUAAAAGAUACAAGGAAACUACGAUAGAAGUAAACAAAAAGUAUACCAUGUAA